AUGAACAAGAAUUGGGGCGACAGGGCCGACAAGGACCUGUUCUUCACCAUCCUGUCUGUCAAGAACAUUGGUGUCAUUACUGGUGCAGAAUGGUCGACCAUUGGCAAUACCAUGCGAAUGAUGCGGUACGGGUUUACCAAUGAAGGGUGCCGUCAACACUUCCAGGGCUUGCGCAGAGCCCAGCACAAAGCUGCCACGGCGGCGAACCUGCUCCCAGAUGGCUCAUUCAAGCAUGAUCCUUCCCAGAAUCCCAUUACCCGCCGGCCUGGGCCCGGGCGAGGUCGACCUCGCAAGAAUGCAGCCGUCAAACCCGCAGAUGGGCAACCAGUAGCAUCUGUGCAAGUUCCUGCUCCUGUAGUAUCACAAGGGCCCCGUCAGCUGCUACCAGCACCGCCCGGCGGCCCUCCUCAAGCCUUACAGCCGAGCUACAGCUACAUGUUGCCGCAACACGGCCCGCCUUCUGCACCUGUAGCGCCUAUGCAUCUGGAACCCCAAUCUGAGGUUUCUUAUGAGACCAAUGGAUCUACACAGCGUCCGCCACCGGCGCCCAUGACGGAAAACGAUGACGCACCAGGGGAAGACGAGCCGCCAUCUAAAAGGCAACGCGUUGACGGUGACGAGAUAAUUGGCACUAUCGUCACUCUGACCUCUAGUCAGCUCGAAGAAGAAUCCGCAGACGACUUGGAAGACGAUGACGAGGAGGAAGAGCUGUUCAGCCAGAUCGACCCAUCAACCCAUCCGGCUGGGGCAGACAAAGAUGAUGUGGCAUCAAACCAUGACGCGGAGGAUGCUGUGCUUACACUAGUUGCAGCCGGGGAUGGACAGAUAGCUGCUGUCUCAAAUGCUUCGUCUCCAUCCUGGGAGACGCCGACAGAAACUACCUUCGAGGGUCAUGUCGAUUGA